AAAGAAUGCUACAUUAAACUGUUUUAAUGAGUCGCAGUUCGAAAAAUAAUAAUGUCAUUGUUUCAACAUCUUCAUCUGGUUAUCCCAAAUGGAAGCAAUCGCCGAUUGAUUUAAAUUUUGUCAAUGUUUGGCAACGAAAAUUUCCCCCUUUACUUUUGGGUGGACACUGGAAAAAUGAGGGGACAGCAACUAUUAGAAAUACCGGAGAAACUGUGCAAGUGGAACUGAAUGAAAGAACAAGUCCAAUGAUCAGUGGAGGUCCAUUAGGUGAUUAUUAUGAAUUUUUGCAUUUACAGUUUCGCUGGGGUGAAAAUAAUUCUUCUGGUGCUGAACAUUCUAUAAAUAAUACAUGGUAUUCAAUGGAAGCUCAAGCUAUUCACUGGAAUCCACGAUAUGAAACUUUAGAAAAGUGUUAUGAAAAUUCUGAUGGAAUGGCUAUCAUUUCAUACCUUUUCCUGGUUUCAGGUGAUGUUGAAAUGAGGGAUAAUAUUGAAUUUAAAAAUAUCUCAAACGCGUUAUCGAGUAUUCGUACAAUUGGAAAAUCUGUAAAUAUUUCGCCAGGUUAUUACACGUACGAGGGAUCAUUAACAAAUUUUCCCUACAGCCAAUGCGCCACUUGGAUUAUAAUUCCAAGACCUAUCAAAAUUUCAUUAAAUCAGCACAACAACCACUGA